AUGCUUUACAAUGAAGAAAAAUUAGCCAAAAAAGAACUGAAAGAAUUACAGGAUAAGAAAAAUGAAUGGAUUAGGGUUGAAAAAGAAAACGAGCCAAAAAACCAUAAAACUAUUGAAAAGUUGGGACAAGAAGUAGAAGAUGUUAGGGCUGAAAAUAGAAAAUUAGACCUUUCUUAUAUAGAUUUUUAUCAAAAAGAAAUGAACAAACAAGAACCAGAAGCAACAAAACAAAGAAAAGAUAUAAAAACUGAUGAGAAAAUCAAUGGCAAAACUAUUGAAGAAGUUUUAGGCAAAGAUUGA